CCGGAAGUCCUAAAGGCAAAUAAUAGGACUUUCUGUGGCCUUGGAAGCAAAAUGAAGGGUUUUUUAAAGUUGGGGUCGGUGGGGCAGUUAUCGAUCUCAGUCUCCAUACCUAAAGAUCAGGUUCCUUUUCUUGAGAUCCUAAAGCUUCGCGACUUCACUUGAAUAUUGGGCGCCUACUUCUACAAUCUACGAAAGAACUGCACUGAUCCAAUUGAAAGAUUGUCAGGGCGCCGAGAACGAACGGUGGGGAUACAGCAAAGUUCAAGGGCAGCAAAGCUCAGCACGAGGGACAAUAAGUUUAAGGGGAGAAGGUAGAAAAGGAAGCCUAAGUGAAAAACAAGUUUCUUUCUCCCCGCCAAAUCCUAAAGCCGGUACCCCCUCCAAACGAUUUAAAGGAUUCCCCUCCCAGAGAUACCAGCUUCCUGAAAGAGACCAAAAGCCCAGCUUCUUUCCAACGCGCUAUCAGUCGGAAGCAAAAUAGUGGAACAGGCGGGGACAGGAAAUUGAGAAAUUCCCUUGAAUCUAGGAAACAGCGGCGUGCGGGACGUCUCGCCCGACCAAAACAAUAUGGCCGGGCAAUUCCAACCAACCGGGUGAGCGCGCUUUCGGAAUUAUCAACUGAGCAUGCGCCAAAUCCAACGCGUAGGUGACGUGGAGUACAUCAGCAGCGGGCGCAGGCGUAAUGAAAGGGAACUGAAUUUGCGCAGACUCAGAAAACUCAGGCGAACCUGAGAAUGGCGGGCACGGGUUUAGUGGCCGGAGAGGUUGUGGUGGAUGCUCUGCCGUACUUUGACCAAGGCUAUGAAGCGCCUGGGGUGCGGGAAGCGGCGGCGGCGCUAGUGGAGGAAGAAACUCGAAGAUACCGACCUACGAAGAACUACCUGAGCUACCUGACGGCGCCGGAUUAUUCUGCCUUUGAAACUGACAUAAUGAGAAAUGAAUUUGAAAGACUGGCAGCUCGACAACCAAUUGAAUUGCUCAGUAUGAAACGAUAUGAACUUCCAGCCCCUUCCUCAGGUCAGAAAAAUGACAUUACUGCAUGGCAAGAAUGUGUAAACAAUUCUAUGGCCCAGUUAGAGCAUCAAGCAGUUCGAAUCGAAAAUCUAGAACUAAUGUCACAGCAUGGAUGCAAUGCCUGGAAAGUAUAUAAUGAAAAUCUAGUUCAUAUGAUUGAACACGCACAGAAAGAGCUCCAGAAGUUAAGGAAACAUAUUCAAGAUUUAAACUGGCAGCGAAAGAACAUGCAGCUCACUGCUGGAUCAAAAUUAAGAGAAAUGGAGUCAACUUGGGUAUCCCUGGUCAGUAAAAAUUAUGAGAUUGAAAGGACUAUUGUGCAAUUAGAAAAUGAAAUCUUUCAAAUGAAGCAGCAACAUGGAGAGGCAAACAAAGAAAACAUCCGGCAAGACUUCUGAAAAGACAAAUUAAUUUGAUGGGUUGAAGGGAAGGCAAGUUGGGCUUUCACAGAAGAUAGGCAUCUGAAGUAUGAAGGACAACAGCAUCUUACAGAAAUCAAUUGUUAAAUGUUUAGAGGUCACAGUAUGUGGACUAUUACAUUCUCUUUGUACAUUUUACCAAAAUAAAAAAUUUCAACUUG